CGCCCCGGCCCUUGCGCGCGUGCGCACCACAUGACGUCACCGCCGCCCGGGCGCGCGCAGUCACCCUCCGGCCGCCAGGGGGAGCGCCCCGCCUCCCCGUCCCGUUCUCUCGCUGCUGACGGCGCAUGCGUCCGUCCAGCUCCGCCUUUGCCUCCAAGGCUUUGCGGGCUUUGCAGCGUCCUCUUCCGACUGCGGGUUGUGCUUCCGGUGCGGAGGUCACGGACAAGAUGGUGCCGCCGGUGCAGGUCUCUCCCGCUCAUCAAGCUCGGCCGCUACUCCGCCCUGUUCCUCGGUGUGGCCUACGGAGCCACGCGCUACAGUUACCUAAAACCUCGGGCAGAAGAGGAGAGGAGGAUAGAAGCAGAGGAGAAGAAGAGGCAGGAUGAACUGAAACGGAUUGCCAGAGAAUUGGCAGAAGCCCAAGAUGACAGCAUAUUAAAGUGAGUGACCCUGUGACCCUCUCUCUGGAGCAGCAGUGGAUGAAUAAAGCCUCCUGUGCUGUGUAAUA